AAGGCCAUGGUGGACACUGCCAACACAAGCUCCCCGGGUGUGUUUGUGCUCCUGGGCUUCUCGGCCCGCCCAUCGCUGGAACCUGUGCUGUUUGCAGUUGUCGCCGCAUUCUACGGGGUGUCCAUCGUGGGCAACACCAUCAUCACGCUGGUCUCCUGCAUGGACGUGCGUCUCCACACACCCAUGUACUUCUUUCUCGCCAACCUGUCCUUUCUGGACGUGACCUUCACUACGAGCAUUGUCCCCCAACUACUGGUCAACCUCAGCAGGCUUCGGAAUACCAUCAGCUACGGCGGCUGUGUGGCCCAGUUCUACAUCUCACACUGGCUGGGGGCCACGGAGUGCGUCCUGCUGGCUGUCAUGUCCUACGACCGCUACAUGGCUGUCUGCAGACCACUGCACUACACGGCCCUCAUGCACCCGCGGCUCUGUGUGGGCUUGGCAGGCCUCUCCUGGCUGGGUGGUCUCACCACCAGCCUGGUGGGCUCCACACUCACCAUGUUGCUGCCCUUGUGCGGGAACAACCACAUCGACCACUUCUUCUGCGAGAUGCCACUCAUCAUGCAGCUAGCCUGCGUGGACACCAGCCCCAAUGAGCUGGAGAUGUACCUGGCCAGCUUUGUCUUCGUGGUGCUGCCCCUGGGGCUGAUCCUCGUGUCCUACGGUCACAUCGCCAGGGCCGUGCUGAGGAUGCGGUCCGCUGAAGGGAGGAAAAAGGCCUUCAACACCUGCUCUUCCCACGUGGCCGUGGUGUCCCUGUUCUACGGGAGCAUCAUCUUCAUGUACCUGCAGCCGGCCAAGAGUGGCUCUCACGAGCAGGGCAAGUUCGUGGCACUUUUCUACACGGUGGUGACUCCGGCGCUCAACCCUCUCAUCUAUACCCUGAGGAACAAGGACGUGAAGGGGGCACUGGGCCGCCUGGCACUGGGGACCUGCAGUGCCAGGGGAACACAGGGCUAG